GCCCUCCUCCACCUGUCACACGGGGAGGGCUCCCGAGGAUAGUCACCUGCGGGGCCCAGACACCCGCACAUCGGAGCCGGGGCCACAGCGCUGCCAGCAUGAGCAUCAUCGAGCACCGGAGCACGGGCAAGCAGGUCACCAGCCCCCUGCAGAGUAUGUCACCUGUUGUGCAGCUGAAUAUUGGCGGUGAGAUCUACACGACAACUAUCGGAACAUUGAAGAAGUAUCAAGGCUCCAAACUUUUUGAGAUGUUUAAUGGGCAACCCAAGCUGCGCACCGACGCUGAGGGGAGGUUCUUUAUCGACCGGGAGGGGAAAUAUUUCCGCUACAUUCUGGAGUUCUUACGUUCCGGACAGGUACCCACUCAGCACGUCCAAGAAGUCUACAAGGAGGCCUUGUUCUACGAAAUCGAGUCAUUGGUGAAGAAGCUGGAGGAAACCCCGCAGAUCUUCGGGGAACAGGUGGGCAGGAAGCAGUUCCUCGCCCGGGUGCCCAAUUACAGCGAGAACAUCGAGGUGAUGAUCCGCAUUGCCAGGGCGGAGGUGGUGGCCUCGCGAUACUCCAACGUCAUCAUCUGCAUCGUGAGGACCGACGAGGACGCGUCCAAGUGUCACGACGCCCUGAACACCCUCGACAUGGACAAGGAGUCCGUGGUCAAGUUCGGACCUUGGAAAGCAUCUCCGGGAAUCCCUGACCUGCUCGACUGUAUCAGAGCGGACAUUGAGGACAAAGGAUACAAAGUCUCGUACUCUCCUCACGUGGCCGACAAGGGGUUCCGAUUUAAAUCCUAUGACUUUUUUUACAAGUUUGUAUUCACAUGGUGGUAACCAAAAAAGAAGAAAAAAUUUAAAAUGAAAUUUCCAGCACUGAAGUAGACACCGGUGGUAUAUACGUGUAUUCAGGAUUGGUUCCCCUUUUACCAUUGAAAGAGCAUUUUAUUGUGCUUUUUGUCACCCCCUGGGUUGUACGCUGCCAUGAAGAGUAGGGAGGAAGAAGUAGGAACUGUUCGUAGCACCUGUGAUGAUUCGGACAAACGAAAGUAGAAUGUUUUCUAUAGCCGUACUAAUAUAGUACUGCACCCUUACUGCCAAAUCCUUCCCGUUAUGGACAAAAAUCUAACUGAUAGAAGAGAAUGAAUUCACUUAAAUGCUGCCCCCUACAGGCAACACUUUUAUAAUGGCUCACAUGGAUCCAUUAGGCCACCAGAGAUCCAGAGGGUGGAGUUAGGACCAUGCAGACUGCAUUGUCGUCCCCAUAGGCCAGCAUUUGGUUGGGGAAACGCUUCCAUAGACAGCAAUGCAUUUUUAGCGGAUGCGCUGAAAAAAUGUGUGUACAUGUUCUAGCAUCAUCAGAACACAGACUGUCCGGGUAGAUAUUCCGUAGUGUGAACCCGGCCCUAAGGGUAUCUUCACAUAUCUAUAUAUUCAGCAAAUUUUCUGCUGAAGGAUUUUCUCAUUGAUUUACCAGCAGAAAAUAUGCAGCAUAUAUAUAUAUAUAUAUAUAUAGAUAGAUAAUAUAUACAGCAGCACACUGUUAGCACAAAGAUACAGAUAAAACAUUAAAUGCUAUAUAGGUAUAAUGCAAAAAGUGAAAAAGUGAGGUACUUAGCUCACAAUUUGGCGGCCAAAUAGUUUGGACCAUCCCACCACGGUAAGGUGACCUCAUUGGGACGGACCCUACACUGUGAAUAUGCCUCUGUGCAAUCAGUUAAACAGGCAUUGCAAGGUCUGAGACAUCCGCACCUUAUACAGCACCUAAUAGAGGUGGGUGGGGUGCAGAAGCCAACAUGGAGGCAGCCACUCCCCCAUAUGUGUAACACAAAAAAGGAUAAGUUGGGCAGCACAUACUGAUACCGAAACUACGGAAUUUCCGCCCGCGGAGAUUCCAGUGCAGCAGCCUCCUAUUGUUUUUAAAUGGGAUUCCGCUACACUGGUGUACGCUGCGGAAAUUGCACUUCCGGACGUACGGCAGAAUACUGCACGUACUGGCCCUCAUUUUACUAUUGCAAACCUGACAUCUUUUGUCAGGUUGUGCGCCAGAUUCUGGCGCAUUGUGCCAGAAUUGAGAAAAACCCCGACUAAGGCUG